AAACCGCGAACACACUAACUAGCGCACUAAGCAGAGUGCUAAAGCUCGCCGCCGGCGGCCAGACAGCAGCGCGCGCACUGUGUAGUGCGCUAGUGUGCCUGAGGUCAGGAAUUCUCCAGCUGUGUAAACUAGGGUCUGCUUUGUUCCCAGAUUUGCAGGAUUAGCAUGGCAGAUUAGUCAGACAUCAUCAUGGCCACAUUCUUUACUGAAUGGCUGCUUACAGAUCAGCAGAGUCUGUAACGGGACCUGCAGCAGGCCUGGUGGAGGCGAGGCGACGGUAUGAGCAGCGUUUAACUCGGUAUCACUGUGUGCAGUGCAGCUCGGUAUCUGCUCCUGACCUCCCAUCCCCAAACAGAUCAACCAGAGUGAAGGGCCUUCAUCAUGAGCGUCCUACCUCCUGUGCGCAAGGACCGCGUCAUUAGCCAGCUUCCUAAGUGCUUCAGUAAAGGGGCCACUUUACACACAGAAGAUGGAUUUAAUGCCAAGGUGAAGACAGCUUGCCAGGAGCAGAGAACUGGCACUGUGGGGUUUAAAAUCUCCAAGGUUAUUGUAGUUGGAGACUUGGCUGUAGGGAAAACCUGUCUGAUUAAUAGAUUUUGCAAAGAUGUCUUUGACAAAAAUUACAAAGCUACCAUUGGUGUAGACUUUGAGAUGGAGAGGUUUGAGGUGCUUGGGGUUCCAUUCAGCCUCCAGCUGUGGGACACUGCAGGUCAGGAAAGGUUCAAAUGCAUCGCUUCCACAUACUACAGAGGAGCUCAGGCCAUAAUAAUUGUUUUUGAUUUGACUGAUGUGGCCUCGCUACACCAUACCAGGCAAUGGCUGGAGGAUGCUAUGAAAGAGAACGACCCCACCAGUGUGUUACUCUUCUUGGUGGGCACAAAGAAAGAUCUCAUUUCCCCGGCACAGUAUUCUUUUAAUGAACAGGAUGCCAUUAAAGUGGCCCAAGAGAUGAAAGCGGAGUACUGGGCUGUGUCUGCUUUGUCUGGGGAAAAUGUGAGGGAGUUUUUCUUCCGUCUGGCAUCACUAACAUUUGAGGCCAACGUGUUGGCAGAGCUGGAAAAAAGCAGCUCCAGGCGCAUUGGGGAUGUUAUCAAAAUCAGCAACACCACCAGUAACUUGUAUGCAACGUCUAAAAAGAAACAGUCGAACUGCUGUCAGUAAAGGGAUUGAACAAUUUGAGAAAUUUGCACUGAAUUAAAUGAUGGUACCAAAGCAGAAACUAUAGGUACAGAUGAACAAGGGAGACUAUAAAGUGUUUUAAAAAGAUUUUUUUUUUUAAGAAUAUGUGGUUAGGACAGGCUGGAGUAAACAUUCCUUGGUAGUAUUUUUUCUCUUUUUCAUUUCUGUGAUUAAAUUUUUUUUGGUCGUAUCUAUGCACAAAAAUUGUGCUGCCUUCCUUUCUGUGUUUGAUGUUUAUGAAUGAUUUGGUACUAUGGCAUAAAUCAUAACAGUGUCAGGAAAUUUAUGAAUUCUUAAGUUUACAUUAAACAGUUUAUUAAGGUCAUACUGAA